CGGAGCCGCUUCUCGUUCCAAACAUCGCAGGCGUCGAGUCCAGGCUGCUGCCCUCGGUACAAUCGCGGUGGUGGUGGUGGGUUUGGUUGGUGUCGGCUGGACUCGUGCUACCGGCUUCAUCGGGCACACGGUGUGAGGUCAUGGAUGGUGACCUGCUCGCGGAACAGGGCUUGGAUGUCUCCUCCACGGUUGGGGGGGAUUUUUCCCCCGGCGGGGGCGGCCUGGGGGGCCUUGGCAGCAGAGGAAGUGGGGUGCCGAGGUCGCUCCCUUCAGGGGGCUCGGUAACGAUGGGCCCUGGCGGACGAGUCGUUGGGGGGGGCGGCGGCGUUUUCUCGGGAGGCGGCACCCCCCCAGAUUUCGUCGCUGGCAAUCUGGCCGAGCUGGCGCCCGAGAGCUCGGGGUACAAGCGCAAGAGCAGCUCGGUGGACUACCCAGACCUCAUGGACGUUGUGUUUGACAGCGAUGGGUUGGACACGGAGUUCGAUGCGGACGAUCAGAGCAGCAGAGGGGAGAGUGGUGACCAUCCUUCCAAACCCAAGUACUCGAGGGAGGUGCACAGCCAGAUCGAGCGCCGGCGCCGCCUCAAGAUGAACCACUACAUCGACGAGCUGGAGCAGAUGGUGCCAUCGUGCCGCGGCAUGCAGCGCAAGCUCGACAAGCUCACCGUGCUGCGCAUGGCCGUGCAGCACAUGCGGGCGCUGCGCGGAUCCACGACGGCCUACACGGAGGCGAACUACAAGCCGGCCUUCCUCAGCGAUGACGAGCUGCAGCACCUCAUCUUGCGGCAGGCUUCGGACGGAUUCCUCAUUGUGGUCGGUUGCGACCGAGGCAGGAUCCUUUUUGUCUCCGAGUCCGUCUCCAAAAUCCUCAGCUUCUCGCAGAGCGAGCUGGUGGGACAGAGCCUCUUCGACUACCUGCACCCAAAGGACAUCGCCAAGGUGAAGGAACAGCUCUCGUCCUCCGACACGGCUCCCCGGGACCGACUCAUCGAUGCCAAAACGGGGCUGCCGGUACGCACGGACGACGUCCACGCCGCGCCGUCGCGCCUCUGCUCCGGCGCGCGCCGCUCCUUCUUCUGCCGCAUGAAGAGCAACCGGCCGUGCGCCACCGUUCGCCCAGACGAAAAGCCCUUCUCCACGACCUCCUCCUGCUCCAGGAAGAAAGACCGCAAGAGCUUCUGCACCGUGCACUGCACGGGCUACCUCAAGAGUUGGCUCCCGGCCAAGGUGGGCCUCAAGGAGGAGCAGGAGAGCCGGGAGGCCCCCCACGGUUCCUCGGGGGGGGCGGCGGCGGCGGCGGCGCCGGCGGCCGGCGGCGGGCCACAGGAUGGCCCCGAGGCACCGGGGCUGGCCUCGGGGCUGGCGGGAGGAGGCCCCCUCGCCAGCCCGCUCAGCUGCCUGGUGGCCAUCGGCAGGCUGUACCCGCCCGCGGCGCCGGCCGGGACUGGCUGCGUCGCGGCCGCUUCCGGCUGCGCCCGCCGCAACGGGGGCCCCGGCGCGGGCGACGCGGCGUGCCGGUUCGGCGGCACCGCGACGAUGCCAGGCGGACGAGGAUUUUCGGGUGGCGCCGGCGCCAGGCCAGGGGAGAUCCGCGUCCGCGCUGCCGAGUUCGCGUCCCGGCACGCGGUCGACGGCAAGUUUGCGUUCGUCGACCAGAGGGUGACUGCGCUGCUCGGGUACUUGCCCCAGGAGCUGCUGGGCACCUCGUGCUACGAGUUCUUCCACCACGACGACCUGGCGCACCUCGCCGAGAGCCACCGCCACGUGCUGCAGACGCGGGAGCGCGUGACGAUGGGGCCGUACCGGUUCCGCUCGCGCGACGGCUCCUACGUGGUGCUCCGCAGCCAGUGGUUCAGCUUCCUCAACCCCUGGACCAAGGACGUGGAGUACAUCGUGUCCACCAACACGCUCGUCUCGAACGGCAGCGUCGAGGGCCUCGCCUCGGCCACGAUCAUCACGCAGCCCGGGGCCUCGCCUGGACGGGACGGCCGGCCACAACCUCUCGACGGCCUCAAGCGGGGAUUGUCUCCCAGCGUUCCGGGCCUUCCGGGCGGAACGCGGCUCGGAGCCGGGAAACUUGGUCGCACGAUUGCCGAGGAGUUCUUUGAGUCCCGAAGCAGGUUGCGAUCGUCUCCAUCCAGUUGCGACUGCAGUCCCCUGCAGCCAGACUCCCGGACGCCGCCUCCCUCCAACACGCCGUCGCCCGGCAACAAGCUGCUCACGGUGGAGUCUCCGUCCCCUUCGGCCCUGCUCCCGCCCACGGACAUGAGCUCCUACCACGGUCCUCUGGGCGACACGGACUCCCUGGACCUCGACCUCAUGAACAACCCGGGCAGCCCCGACGACGACGUGGCCAUGUCCGUCAUCAUCAACCUCCUGGAGGCCGACGGAGGCCUGGGUGGGCCUGUGGACUUCAGCGACAUGCCCUGGCCAUUAUGACUAGGCCACCCUGGCUACUAUGGCUAGGCCACGCUGGCCACUAGGACUAGGCCAGCCUGGCACUAUGACUAGGCCACCAUAGCCACUAUGACUAGGCCACGCUGGCCACUAUGACUAGGCCAGCCUGGCCACUAUGACUAGGCCACGCUGGUCACUAUGACUAGGCCAGCCUGACCACUGUGACUAGGCCAGCCUGGCCACUAUGACUAGGCCAGCCUGGUCACUAUGGCUAGGCCAGCCUGGUCACUAUGACUAGGCCAGCCUGGCCACUAUGACUAGGCCAACCUGGUCUCUAUGACUAGGCCACGCUGGCCACUAUGACUAGGCCACGCUGGCCACUAUGACUAGGCCACGCUGGCCACUAUGACUAGGCCAGCUUGGUCACUAUGACUAGGCCAGCCUGGUCACUAUGACUAGGCCACCCUGGUCACUAUGACUAGGCCAGCCUGGCCACUAUGACUAGGCCACCCUGGUCACUAUGACUAGGCCACCAUGGCCACUAUGACUAGGCCAGCCUGGCCACUAUGACUAGGCCACCAUGGCUACUAUGACUAGGCCAGCCUGGCCACUAUGACUAGGCCACGCUGGCCACUAUGACUAGGCCACCAUGGCCACUAUGACUAGGCCACCAUGGUCACUAUGACUAGGCCAGCCUGGCCACUAUGACUAGGCCACCAUGGCCACUAUGACUAGGCCAGCCUGGCCACUAUGACUAGGCCACGCUGGCCACUAUGACUAGGCCACCAUGGCCACUAUGACUAGGCCACCAUGGUCACUAUGACUAGGCCAGCCUGGCCACUAUGACUAGGCCACGCUGGCCACGAUGACUAGGCCAGCCUGGGCACUAUGGCUAGGCCAGCCUGGCCACUAUGACUAGGCCAGCCUGGCCACUAUGACUAGGCCAGCCUGGUCACUAUGGCUAGGCCACGCUGGUCACUAUGACUAGGCCACCAUGGCCACUAUGACUAGGCCACCAUGGUCACUAUGACUAGGCCAGCCUGGUCACUAUGGCUAGGCCACGCUGGUCACUAUGACUAGGCCACCAUGGCCACGAUGACUAGGCCACGCUGGCCACGAUGACUAGGCCAGCCUGACCACUCUGACUAGGCCAGCCUGACCACUCUGACUAGGCCACCCUAGCCACUAUGACUAGGUAACUAGGACAACCUGGAUGAUUAGACUACGCUGCCCUAACCAAAUCUAAGGAUUUGAAUCAGCACUAUAUUACAUGGGAGGUGUUUACCAAUCAUCAGGUGCAUGCAACGUGUAAUUGCAAUUUAUAUUUAAAAGAAAAUAAUUGGUAAAUGUGGGAACGAGUGCCAUUUUGCGUUAUGAGUAAUGGUGUUUCGGAAGAACCUUGUCGAAGGUAUGUUUUCUCUUAACUUCUAUUACUUUAAACAACAGACGAAGGACAGUUCUUACUAAUGUUAUGCAACUAGCCCGCAGCCUCCCCGCAGCGGUAUGCCACAGUAGCGUCAAAUGCUGUAGAGAGGGUUGGCCUCUUACGCUUUGGCCUAAUACUACUAGGAUAUCAUUAGCCCAACAGUGUACGGCUGUAUUCUUGUCCCUUUGGUUCAACUUUGCGGGUGAAACUUUAAAACACAUUUUACUUAAAUCCGUGUGAGCAUCGUGUCGUAAUUGAUGUUUAUUUGAAGACACAGAGAAAUAAAUAUUCUACCGAGGUUCGCCUAACUGUAAUUACGGAACAGGAUGUUUUUAACUCAAUAAUAAAGAGGGCUUUUUCAUAUUGAUGUCGAAGCCCCACUCUUAGGCAGCUUGGUGGCGGUAUGGCACCUUUGCCAAAUUGGGUGCUCGCGUUUUCACCUGGAUACACUCGGCACAAUAGCUCCCCCCGUGUGUUUCGGGUUUGCACCGUGCAGAACAGUAUGCAUCAGGAGAGCUAUGCAGGACAACUCCGCGAAAACCUAUGCAGCAGUAUUACUUGAAGUUACAACUCCGUGGUGUUUACACCCAAGCUUCUUGCCAACGAGGCCAUGUGAUGGUGGCCUCAUGUCGCGUUUCCGUGGCCGUUAAAAAAUUUACCCGUAAAAACAAAGUUUUUCACUAUAAAUCCUUUAUAUGCGUGGUGGCUAGAGUCCUCUCGUCCUCUGGCUUGAGAUGGCUGCCACCUAUGGGUCAGAUGAUUGCCUGCCACCAUUAAGCAAUUGGUAAUUAAAUAUAAAAAAAAUGUCCUAAAAAGUGUAAAAUUUUGGAAAAAAAUUUUCACGAAAAUAAAUUGUCACGCACAACGAGCCUGUGUGCAAAAUGUCAGCUCGAUUGGAUCACGGGAAGUGGGUUAAAAAAACGACCGAAAGAUUUGCACGGUCGUAAGCGCGCAAGCAAGUGAACUUAAUAUAAAGGAUUUAAAAACCAGAUCUGGCCCACGGUACGUCCCAGCACAACUCAUUUCUUGCCCCCGACACGUCGUGGCUGUGUGGUUCUUUCGUCUCGGCUCCGAAUCUCCCUUUGCUUCCUUCCUUGGUGUCGGUUACACUGUUCCAAGAUUUAACAAAAAUAAUGUCAUCAUUAAAAAAAUAUUUUCCAUAGAUUUAAAAAAGAAAAACGUAAACACAACCCUGAAGCUGACCAACGCGAGAGUGCCUCGUUGAAGACUCUCGUCUUCCGCGUUGACCCGAUGAUGCCGUAAACUCUUUCCAAGGGUGGUCCAAAUGAAUGAGAGUAGCUCUCUUUUGGAGAGUGGGCUACCUGGCCUACGAAAAAAUGGGCUGCAGGGCCAGCGUAGAGCUCACGCACCCUAAGGCAGUCCGCCACAGGGAAAACCCCGAAUGACCCCAGUGGCCCGGUUCACAAACGGGGGGGUCGGUUCGCUUAUCGGAGGGGGAGCUCGGCACUCAAUGAGACUAAAGAAGGACGCAAAUGUGUCGUGAUGCACAUCUGCACAUCUGUGUAUGGGGGAAAUUAAAAGUUUGGGGACGCAUUGAAAAAAAUAACUUGAUUCGCUUUGCACGUGAUCUGGGCACUUGAGUUAAUUUGUUCUAAAUUAUCUCUGUUAUGCUGAGGCAUUCCCUGGAUGCAAGGCUUUAAAUUUGCAUCAAAUGUCAGCACCCAACCGAAUGUCAUUUGAUGCCACAGCGGUGUAGCGAUUCAUUGUUGAGUUGUUACCUUUUCCACUGUAGACCAAACCCAAAAAUAUUUACUCAAUCAGCCUAGAUCUAUCAGCACUGUGCAGUUCACUGUAAUACAGUUCAAUAGCAAUACAGGUACCAGAUCUCAGUACAAAUCUAUUCCUGCCACCCAAACACAAAUGCCAAUGUCUGGACUGUCUGGAUUAAAACUCGGACAAGUGCCAACUCUGCCGAA